UCUGAAGCUAACUACUGCUAUAUAGUCUAUCCCCAUCCACAUCCACCCUUUCAACAUGCACUCAUCUCAUUCCAUUCCUCAUAACAGUUUCGCCAUCUUUUGUUAGUUAACUUAACCGAUUUUUUUCCAAAAACAUAUAUACUUAUCUUAUCCGUUUUUGGAUAUAUAUAAAGAGAGAGAGAGAGAGAGACAGUUUCAUGGACUAUUUGAGGGAAAUUGAGAGUAAAAGAGCUCAUGAUCCACGUGGUUUUGGGCAUGAUAAGAAGAGGACGUGCGUUUGCGUUCCGGGGCCGAUCAUUGUCGGCGCUGGGCCGUCGGGGCUGGCGGUGGCGGCGUGUUUGAAGGAGAAAGGGGUGCCGUCGGUGGUGUUUGAGAGAUCGGAAUGUUUGGCGUCGCUGUGGCAGCUGAAAUCCUACGAUCGCCUCCGUCUCCACCUCCCUAAACAAUUCUGCGAGCUGCCAAUGAUGCCGUUCCCCGAUACCUUCCCCACCUACCCAUCCAAGCAGCUUUUCAUUCAAUACUUGGAGGACUACGCCGAGAAGUUCGAUAUCCGGCCGGUGUUUAACCGGGCGGUGGUCUCGGCAGAGUACGAUGGCGGCCUCGGGCUGUGGCGGUUGAGGACGAAGGCGACCGAGGAGGAGGAGGAGGUGGAGUAUGUUUGCCGGUGGCUGAUCGCGGCCACCGGGGAGAAUGCCGAGGCGGUGGAGCCCAGGAUCGAGGGAGCCGAGGAGUUCCACGGCCCGAUUAUCCACACGAGCUCAUAUAAGAGGGGCGAGGCGUUCGCCGGGAAGAAGGUGUUGGUGAUCGGAUGUGGGAAUUCGGGAAUGGAGGUUUGUUUGGAUCUCUGUAACCAUAAUGCCAUCCCUUCUCUGGUCGUCAGAAGCAAAGUGCAUGUCUUGCCACAAGAGGUGCUGGGAAAAUCAACUUUUGGGCUGGCCAUGUUUCUGCUCAAGUGGUUCCCAAUGGGCGUGGUGGACCGCUUUCUCUUGACCGUCUCCCGCCUCCUCCUCGGCGACACGGCGCAGUUAGGUCUCUGCCGCCCCAAGGCGGGCCCACUGGAGCUCAAGCACUUCUCCGGCAAGACCCCAGUCCUAGACAUGGGAACCCUUUCCAAAAUCAGAACUGGAGAAAUCAAGGUAUGUCCGGGCAUUAAGAGAGUGAAGCGUUACACGGUGGAAUUUGAGAAUGGAAAAGAGGAAGACUUUGAGGCAAUAAUCCUUGCAACAGGUUACAAAAGCAAUGUGUCGUCAUGGCUAAAGGAUAAUGACACGUUUUCGGAGAAAGAUGGGCUACCAAAGAAGCCCUUUCCCAAUGGAUGGAAGGGGGAGUGUGGGCUAUAUGCUGCGGGGUUUACCAGACGUGGAUUGUUGGGUGCUUCCAUGGACGCCAGGAAGAUUGCAGAGGACAUUGAAAGGUGUUGGGUAGCCCUUUAGUCUUCGGAGAAAAUCACAAUUUUGAUCUUAAAAAAAAAAAAAAUGUCUGACGAUUUUAAUUUCUUCCCAUCAGAAAAGAAAAUAAAGAAUGUGUCAAAAAAUUCUUUGGUUGAAUUUGUAGCCGCUGGUCACCAUUGUCAUUCAAGAUACCUUCGAGGCAUGAAAAAAAAAAAUUCAUUAUAUUUUUUUAGUACAUCAGGAACAAAGCCCAUUGGUGUCCUCUCACAAGAUUUGUGCACGGAGAUAGAGAAGAUCAAAGGAGAUCGAGUUCACUAUAUGAAUAUCAAGAAGUUUUCUCAUUCAAGAAAAGGAUCUUGGAAAAGUUAAAGAGGGGAGAAGAAAAUGCACAAAAUCACUAACCCUUGAUUUCUUUUUUUCCUUUUUUUUUUUUUUUUUUUUUUUUUUUUUUUUGGACCAAA